UUGAAAAAAUAAUUUUAAAUAAUCAAAAUAUUCUAUUAAAAACAAUUCCGACAAAUUUUGGUUUGGAUAUGUUGGGGUAUAAAUUUGAACAAAUUUGUGGUGGUCCUCCUUUCUUUUUUUGUUAUAUUGAAGGUAGUUUUUUAGAGGAAAAAAUAUAUCAGGACUAGGGUUGCCGGUUUCAAGUCGGGCCAACGGUCGGGGCAUUUUUGGGCUUGUUUUUAUCGAGUCAGGCCGUACGGGUCACUUUCGGGCCAAAUAUCAUGCCCGACUCGAUCUUUCGGUCCGAGUCGGACCAUUUUGGCAACCCCAAUCAGGACAGAAUAUCUUUUAGUUAAGUUUUUCCCCUAAAUUUGAUAAAGAAAUUUAUUUAAAGUCUUUUUAAUUUUUAAAGAAAAAUAUUCUCAAUUAUUUUCUCAAUUAAAUGAAGAAUUCUUUAAUAUAACAUUUGAAGAAGAAAAUUUUUUAAAAGAGGAAGAGGAAACAAUGACUGUAAUUAGAACAAAUGAUAAAUUACUUAUUUUACAAUUUUUAAUUCAAUAUUCACCAACAACAACAACAACAAAAUCUUCUUUACAAAAUAAAUUUAAACAAAAAUUAAAUAAAUUACUUUUUGGAAAUUUAACAGAAGAAAAUAAUUAUUUAAAAUUUAAUUUUAUUUGUUUAUUUCCUCCACAGAUUAAUAUUAUUUUAGCUGUAAAACAAUCAAAUAUAUUAAUUAAUAUAUUAAAACAAAAAAUUAAUUACGAAUAA